AUGAUUCCCAACUGGAUCAACGCUUUCGCCGCCCAGCAUCCUCUAGGUUCUAUGAGCACCAAGGAGAGCUCCACUGCUAAAAACAGACCGUUCACAGCUUGGAGUGCACUCGACGAUGUGAAAACCAAGGCCGACGACAUUGCCCACGAGGCAAGCCGGGAAUUUAAUGCUGCAAGCCAGAAGGCUCAGGAGAAGACCGGCAAGAUUCAGCCUGGCUCUCUGAAGUACUAUGCAGCUUGUACAUUUGGUGGAAUGCUAGCAUGUGGUCUUACCCACACUGCCGUGACACCCCUCGACCUGAUCAAAUGUCGCCGCCAAGUUGACUCCAAGCUCUACAAGAGCAACCUACAAGCCUUCCGUACCAUCCGUGCAGCUGAAGGUAUUCGCGGUGUUUUCACGGGCUGGAGCCCUACCUUCUUCGGCUACAGUGCCCAAGGAGCUUUCAAGUAUGGAGGAUACGAAUACUUCAAGGUCUUCUACAGCGACCUAGUCGGCCAGGAAAAUGCGAGCCGGUUCAAGACUGCCAUCUACCUGACAGCAAGUGCUUCGGCGGAGCUCAUCGCAGAUGUUGCGCUGUGUCCAUUCGAGUCUGUAAAGGUCCGCGGUCAGACUACCAUUCCUCCUGAGAUCACAGGUACUUUCAGCGGUAUCUCAAGCGUUGUUGCCAAGGAGGGCGUUGCUGGUCUGUACAAGGGUCUCUACCCGUUGUGGGGCCGUCAAGUUCCCUACACUAUGAUGAAGUUUGCUUCCUUCGAGACCAUUGUUGAGAUGAUCUACCACAAUCUACCAGGUCAGAAGUCCGACUACAACAAGGGCGCCCAGACUGCCGUUGCAUUCACAGGCGGUUACCUCGCUGGUAUUCUGUGUGCUGCGGUAUCGCACCCUGCAGAUGUCAUGGUUAGCAAGUUGAACGCGAAUCGACAGGCGGGUGAGGCAUUUGGCGCUGCUAUGAGUCGCAUCUAUGGUGACAUUGGCUUCCGGGGAUUGUGGAACGGACUGCCUGUCCGUAUUGUGAUGAUCGGUACUUUGACCGGUCUCCAAUGGAUGAUCUACGAUUCAUUCAAGAUUUUCAUGGGCCUUCCUACCACAGGUGGCUCAGGCGAAGACAAGAAGAAGACGAACUAA